UUGUGUACUUUUAUCGUCAAGAUAAGUGGUGAUCGAGCAUAGACUGUAAGCAAUCUCAGCGAGCAAGCAUAGCAUGCAGCUCCUACCAGUCUUAAUCUCCUUGACCCUCCUUGUGGGAGCAGCGGCAACCAGAAAUCCCCCGACGCACCUCGAGUUCUACCUGCACGACAUUGUGACGGCGGUGCCGUCGAGCCCAGCGACGGCAGUACGUGUUGCUAGGGGAGUGACGCCGCUGCCCCACAACCCUACCAUCCACUUCGGGGACAUGUACGUCAUCGAUGAUCCUCUAACGGAGGGACCCGACUUGUCGUCCCCGGCCCUCGGCAAAGCACAAGGAUUGUACAUCUUCGCGUCGCGGACGGACAUGGCGCUGAUGCAGACCUUCAACAUGGUGUUCACGGCGGGGCCGCACAACGGCAGCACCAUCGCUGUGGUCGCAAGGGAACCCAUCCUCGACCCCGUGAGGGAGCUGCCGGUAGUUGGCGGCACCGGCACCUUCCGCGGAGCCACCGGGUACGUCCUGUUCCGGACAUACUCUGCAAACGGCACCAACUCGGUGAUCCAUGUCGACAUGUACGUGCGCGCUCGGGUGUAGGCACACCACAUUAAGCACCUGAUUUAUCAGUUUACGCACCCAUAUAUGUGGUUCCUCGAAAUAAAGAACAGA